AUGUUCACGUCCGUCAAAGGCCCUGCUCCUGCGCCGUCAUCGUUCCCUGGCGCAGAGCAUCUGCGUAUCGGCAUCGUGCAUGCACGCUGGAACAAGGAGGUGGUUGACGAACUUGUCAAAGGCACACUGGAGUCGUUGAAGAAGGCCGGCGCUGACAUUGAGCGCGUGCUCAUCCAGUCAGUUCCUGGAAGCUGGGAACUGCCGGUGGCUACGCAGCAUAUGAUCAAGCGGCACAGGCUUGAUGCCAUCAUUUCCAUCGGCUGCGUAAUCAAGGGUUCGACCAUGCACUUUGAGUACAUUUGCGAUAAUUGUCUAAAGGGGCUCAUGCGUGUGAGUCUCGACGAACAAGUGCCUGUGAUUUUAGGCGUUCUGACCGCUCUGAAUGAAGACCAAGCUCUCGAGCGCGCUGGCAUCGGUCGAACAAAGCCUGGUCAUAACCACGGCCUUGAAUGGGGCUCUGCCGCUGUGGAAAUGGCACUCAUGGCGCGCAAGGAUCCAGCUCUCUCCCACAGCUGA